CCUGAAGGCGAGAGGGCCAACAUCGAAAACGGUUCAAACGGUUCCUCGACCUUUACGUCUUGCUUCAAAGUUCCCUUAGGACCAACGACUCUCUCCCCGACUUGCCUCCCUAGCACUGUAGGUACCGUGAAGUCGACGUUAAGGGGAAAACCGCUUGGACAGGAUUUUCACUCCACGUGGAUCGCCAGUGCCUGGUAUUGCUACUUAUACUUCACCCUCGUCGCCCAAAAAUUUUCGACCAUGGUUCUUCGCGAAGUAUACCCCUUCAGGCCAUCUUUGCUGUUGUGGCUCGUCGUGGCGCUCUGCCGGGCGGUUCGGGCGGCAUCGAAUUACAUGGAUCAGUCGUUCUACUUUGACUAUACCCCAUCGUCAGAAGCAAUAGCAGUUCCAGUGACGGCUCAAUGCGAGACGAUAAAUGUCGAAUGGCAGCGGACGGCAGCAUCUACUGGCCCAAGUCCUUCUGCCCCGUACUUCCUUCAAAUAUACACUUCUGCCUUCGUGUUUCCGUUUAUCAUCCCAGCGGGCAGCGGUACGACUUUUGACUGGGAAGUGCCUUUCGGGCCUGGAACACUAUAUCAAGUCUGUAUGUUCGACAAGAACGGUUACACGGGGGGAUGUCAAGAGAUCUACACGAUGAUCACCAAUACCACCACUGAUACCCCGUCAUGUUCAAACGCCUCCUUCCCCCUCGGACCUUUAGAAAUUGAUGCGCAGGUGCAAGAUGGCCCGCUAUCUCAGUACGGCUGGAUAGAUCAGUGCACUGAUAUUGCAAUUACACCAAAAAACGGCACUCCUCCAUAUACCCUGACUAUAGCGCCUACACUUCACCCACCACGUAACAUUACGAUUAAUGACAUGAGCACUGUGAACUGGACGGUCGAUCUUUCAUGGGCGUCACCUUUCUUCAUCAGUGUCGUCGAUUCUCAGUUUAAUUUUUGGUCAUAUGGACCUCUUCACAGUGGUGACGGUUCCACCUCAUGCCUUACGCAAGGUGAUGUAGAAUCCAGUUCAUCAAACGGUCUGUCUACCGGAGGAGCUGUAGGCGUCGGCAUAGGCGGUCUAGUCGCCGGUUUACUCGCAGGUGCACUCGCCACAUUCUUCUUCCUCCAACGUCGAUCACGCAAAGACUAUCGGGCCGCGUCUUCGUCCAGUCUCGAUAACCUCGGACAUACGACAUACCGUCCUGCAUCCUCGUCACCUGUUCACCACUCGCCACUGCAAAAUGACGGGUAUCAGAUCGAACCUUUCUCGAUGGGAGGAGAGGUCCAGAACCAGGAACUGCACACAUCGCCGAGCACCACCGAUUUUGGGGUGACUUCGUCUAAUGCAUCCCCUCCGCCAACACGGCAGUCAGGACAAGUGUAUGUGGUACACCACGAUGGCGGGAGGGCACCCGUUACUGUGUAUCACGAGGAUGGCACGCAAGUGGUGGAGCUACCGCCACGAUACGCUGAUGGGGCAGACCAGAGUCCCCCUGCUUCAGACGCCAGAAGUAGGAGCGACGUCGGGAGUGGAAGUGAUGGUGUUCGUUCGAGCAGUGAUGGACUGAGUUCUGCGCUCAAUCAACCACGACAGCCAAGAAACGCCCCCCGCAAGAAUACUUCCGUCAAUAGUCAACGCAAUCUAACAUGAGGUCCUUGUUUUCUUUUUCGUUGUAGGUAUAUAUUAUCUGAUAUGAUCAUGAGCUGCAUAAUAUACCAUAUCUCUUUACUUAUGGCAUUCGUACUGACCGUGACGUCUUUCAUCACACGAUUUCUAACUUUUCAAUUCUCAUCGCUUUAUAUCAUUGCGUUUUUAGAGCGCUGUAUUAUCAGUAGCCUUAGUAUAUCAUUGAUCAAAAUUAUUCGUUAUGCGU